AACUGAGACAGGAGAGGGAGAGGGGCGAAACUAAAAUUAGGAGUAGAAGAUACGCCGUUAAAUAUUUUUUUGGCAAACCUCAAAUUUCGCAUUUUGAUUAACAACAAUGUAUAAACAAAGAUCCUUCACUACACAAUUUUAAAAAAUAAUUCACAAGUAAAUAAAGAAAAUACCCAUAAAACAUUUGGAAAAAAGUCUUUUAGGAUAAUUAACUAAUUUAAACUAACAAAUGGCGCGCCUUCACGUAGCUCUCCUCCUCCUCCUCUUUGUCGCCGUGGCUGUCUCAGCUGUUGAUAAACCCUCGACGAUCACCUCUGGAGCCCCCGCAACAGCUCCGACCAAUGUAGCUACAGCUGCUACUCCCGGAGCAGUCGCUGGAUCAAUGGGAAGCGAUUCUUCGAACGCAAACUAUCCGCCACCUCAACCACCUUCCGGAAACGACGCUACCGCCACGGUUGGAUUCGCUUAUUUUGUAGCUGCUGCGAUGGUUGGAUCGUUCUUCUUUUUACGAGAUUUGAUUUGAUGCGUGAAUUUUAAGAAAUUGUUGACAGUUUUAUUGAAUGUAGUUUGUAAUGUUUUUAUCUUGUAGAUGUAAUAUAGCAUUUUGCUUGUCCCUUUCAUGGAUACAGAGAUCAUGACAAAAAUGAAACCUUAUGUGAUACGUAUCUAUGUUUUAUAUAGUUUUAUAAUCUGUAUCACAAAUCCAGUAUCUGCAUGCACCCAAAAACGAUAGAACCUUUUGACAUUCAGAAAAUGUUUGAAAGAGGUGAAAGUAGAACCGUCAUCUAUAAAUCUUUGUAAAUUUGGGUUAGUGAUAUUCGAGGAUAAUUAAAAGAAAAAAGAUCUUAAAAAAAUGAUUUACGAUGAUGUAUUUAGGUAUAAAUUUUCAUAAAAUAAGUACAAUUAUUAGUUGUAAAUCAUUCAUAUAGUGUUUUUAAUAUUACAGUAAAAAAAAUAGUGUUUGAAAAAAACAUGUAAAAAAAAAAGAAAACAACUUUCUCAUUGGUUGUUAGAUAUGGGCCGGGAGGGAGAAGCUUGGCCCAUACAUGUCUCAAAAAGCGCGUGUCUAUCACAUCCUGUGAAAUGAGACGCGCGUGGAUGUAUGUAUUUUCAGUUUUUCACAGAUACUCUGUUAGCCGAUAGAGAGUAAUUCGCAGAGAAGCGUAGCGGCAAUGAAGGUCCAACGGUCAACCAUUUUCGCAGUCAACGCGAAAUCAAACCUCCAUCACUUUCACUCCUCUCAGGCUGAGCUCGAGUCCGUGUCGAAGUUACUCGAUAGGAAGUGGGGAUUACAGAGUCCCGCAACUCCAAUUCAUCGAAUCAGUGGAAUCGGCAAACUCUCCUUCUUGAACAACACUCGUCCACGUCUCGGAGACGAAGUCUCUAAAAAAAGAUCGUCUUUUUACAUUCUGAGAGACGAUCUUUUGCAUCCUCUUGUCAAUGGUAACAAAGCUAGAAAGCUUGAUGCUUUGUUACCGCUUCUUCAGGAUCAUAAAGUCACUGACUUGGUUACGUGUGGAGGUUGUCAAAGCGCACACACAGCUGCUGUUGGUAAAAAAAAUUCUUUCUAUGUUGUUACAGCUGUUUCUUGUGCUGAGAGAGGUGUGAGAUCACAUCUGCUACUGCGUGGAGAGCAGCCUGAGGUUUUGACUGGUUAUAGCCUCGUUUCAACUAUGUAUGGAAACGUUGAGUAUGUUCCGAGAUCGAAGUAUGCGAAUAGAGAGGAGAUGCUGAGAACUCACGCUGAUCUUGUCGCUGGGGAAGACGGUUCUGUGUUAUGGGUUAAAGAUCUUGAGGCUAUGGAUGGUUUUUCGAGUUCAGAAGCUGCUUCUUCUAGAAAGGUUUUGAUCGUUAAUGAAGGCGCAGGAGAUGCUCUUGCGUUACUCGGUAUGUUUCGGUUAGUGAAGUAUUUGUCAGAAGAUCAUUUACUUGGGAAGAAGAGUCGUGUCAAGUUUGUAGUUGAUGCUGGUACGGGAACAUCUGCUGUGGGGUUAGGAGUUGCAGCUAUGUCUUUGGGGCUUCCCUGGGAGAUCAACGCAGUGAUGUUAGCUGAUACGCUCCAAAACUACAAGAGACAUGAAGCUCGCUUGUUAGAAGAGUUUACCAGGCAGUUUCUUCCCUCUAUCGUUUGCAGCAGCUUGGAUACGAUCAAAUGGGUAGAACGUCAACGCCCAAGAAAGUUUGGGAAGGUCUUGGAAGGAGAAGUGGAGAUGUGUCGGAAGAUUGCCCAAGAGACGGGUGUUUUAGUGGAUCCCAUGUAUACUUUAGCUGCUUGGGAGACGGCAACAGAGCUUGUGGAGGACGAGGAAUCGAGCAUUGUAGUGAUGCUUCACACUGGAGGCACUCUUGGGAUGUUUGGUCUUGCUCAAAGAUAUAAAUCUUUCUUCACUAACUCGAACGAUUAGGCUGUUGUAGGCAUACCAUUCCCAAGACAGACUUCCAUAAAUCUAAGAUUUGGUUUGGUUUUACCCAAAUUUAAUCGAACCUAACCGAAACCAUUUUGGCUCGUUUGGUUUUAUGGCAAUUCUAUUCAGGUUAGAGUCUAGUUCGGUUCGAUCAUAUCUUACAUUUAUUUUUAUUUUUAUUUUUUUUGUACUAAAUACAUAUAUUAAAUUUGAUAAAAAUAAAUUUAUAUU